CUCAACGCGCGAUACGCCGUCACUACAGGCAACUACGCAGAAGGUUGAGAUUACUUCCACAUCUUCAGCCGCGCGCGGAUUGACUCCUCCGUUUGACGCAGUCCGGCGCACAAUGCGGGUCAAUCUACGUUUGCGCACGGCGAUGUCGAAGGCGCACACAGCGGCUUCAUGUUUGCAAUCUGGUAGUUUCAAGACAGAACUCCGCAACAUCUUCGGUGGCCAUUACAACGCACGUGCUUACAUUAAGGCAGCCGUCAUCAAGUGAGCAUCCUCUCCAGCAGCAUCCUUGGCCUCUUUUUGUUUUAAGGGAAUACGAAUUUUCCAAGGAUUUAAUAUGACUCGUCUCGUCAAGGAACAAGAUGCGAUGCCGCUGUACUUGCUCUAAUUCCAAGUGCAGAUGGGCAAAGCAUUUGCUAAACGGUGGAUCUGCUGCCACGUUUUGUAGUGGCAAACUUGCGAAUUUGUAUGCUGGUUCGUAUGUGAGAAAUUUUUACGAGAACGCGAUCGGAGGCAGUACGAAUUAUCAGACGGCGUAUAUGACGAUUUUUCAAGAGACGGGAAACUUGAUCGCAGAAUCACACGCAGAAUUGGUGAAUGACGCAGUGCCGAUAACAGACGCGGAACCAAACGCCGUUGGAGCUUCGGAUGUCGUCGUUGUUAGUAAUAAUUCAAGCUCUUCUAGUGGUAGCGGACGAGCAGGGCCUACUACGAUCGCGCCAUCUUCAUCAACAAAUGGUGGCACAACGACUGGCGUCACAAGUAAUUCGUCAUCAAAUUCACAACUUGUUCCGACAACAUCAAGCUCAAGUACUUCCACAUCCACUUCAACUACGUUGCCGCCUGUGAUACACGCGUUUGAGGCUAGUGUGGUUUUGCGUCUCACGGUGCCUUCUGGGACUCUGUGCAGUAAAGCCUUCAUCGUGUCGCAGCUAGAUGACGCUCUUCGCGAUGGUCUCGCCAGUUAUCUUCUCGUUUCUGCAACCCAAGUCGCAGUAACCGGUGGGAGCUGUCUUGUUGAAAAUUCAGGAGUGAGCGCGACGUCUAGAGCGUUGCAGGAGAAGAAGCAAUUGGAUGCGAUGAAAAGGCACCUGCAAGAUCCCGCAAACAGUGCUGGUAUUGGUUUUCGUGCGGAGAUGCUGUUCACAGUGGGUGGCUUUUAUUCCAUGUCAGCCGCGGAAACAGCCGCAGACAGGGUGUACUUGAGUGAGACUUCUGAGGCUUUGCUGUUUCUAGCCGCCAUGGACGCGAGUUUUCAGCAGUACGGAUUUGGAGUUACUAGCGUAGCUCAUGGGUCUCUCCAACCGAGAGUUUUUGUCGAGAUGGGAGGACACUUGCUUGGACUUGCGACUAGCAGUAGUGAGGAUGAUAGCAGUUCAUCCCCUGGUGCGAUUGUUGUUAUGAGAAUGAGAUGAUAGAUCAUCAUCAUCAUCAUCAUCAUCAUCAUCAACAUCUUGAGUGUGUGACCACAGAUCAUGGGUAAAACAAGUGCUGUAUUCCUUCUCACCACGUCAGGUCGUUUCUUGUUGAUAAUCAGAUGCAAGUUUCGCCUGUGUGAUUUUCAUCUAAGUUCAACUACCCCUACCUCACUCUUCUAACCUUCGCAUUGCUUUCGCUAUCCUCAUCGGGGUAUCAUUCGCAGUGCUAGCAGGAGUUUUUGCUUUCAAGGACCGUUUACCUGAACGGUAUCGAGAUCGUGUUGCUGCGAGACAAGAGGCGAUGAAAGUCCGUUGGGCUUUUUUGAAGGCUUGGAUGCGAGAAGAAGGAGAGGCUUUGAGACAGACGAUGAGGAAAGUAAAAACCAAGGUCGCAUCUUCUUCGCUGAUUCAGAAGCUUCAACAACAAGGAUUAGGAUCUUCAAGUAGUAAAACCAACAAGAUAGGCAUUCAUUUUCACGAUGGACAUGGAGAGGAACUGUCGUCAAUUGCGGAGGCGGACGGAAAGACUGCAUCUUCUGCAGGACAAGCUGGAGCUGCUCAGACGAAGACGAAGUAUCAGACAGGCUCAGUGCCUACAGGUCCUGAUACAGAGGAAGGACGAUACUUCAAGAGCCUUGACGAAGGUCAGGAUACACCUUCCGAGUCUGCAGAAGGAAAUGAUUUGUCUCAACAGCAGUAUGCAGCAGCUUACAACUACAAUCUUCUUCCUCCAGAAUACGCUUAUUACAACUACCUCUACGGUUACCGAGGUGCUGGAGACGCCGAGGGAGCAGGUGAACAACUAUAUGCGAUUACUAGCGGAGGUGGACAAGGUGUUGACUCAACAUCUAAUGCGGCUGCUCAACAAAAUAUAAUGGCGGCGCAUCAAGAAUAUUACCAGCAACUUGCGGCUGCAGCAGCUGGCGCAGGUGGAGAAAAUCAAUCAUCUUCUGCAAUUGCUGUAGACCAAUACAACUAUCAGCGGAACCAAGAGCCCGAGCCUGCGGCACUGACGAGUAGCAAUCUUGUGCAGGUGGAAGCUCGUUAUUUUCCAACUGCUCUUAGUGUGAUUGAUGAGGAGACACAGUCUCAAAUAGUGCAGUCACCGUCAGUUUACACUGGUACACCAAUGGCGACAACCGGAAGUGCAGCUGCACUUUUCGACAAUGGAGGAGGCCUUCAGUUCCCGGCUUCGAGUGGUGCCGCCACAGGCGUAAAAAUGUCUUCCACUCCGAGUCCUGGACAUGUUGACCGCCAACAAAGUAAUGGAAGUAGUGCUGAUGCAGCUGCUGUAGGGGUAACCACCAAUGUUGCUGGAGGUGCAGCCUCUUCAUCCUCAUCGGGAAGGAAGCCGCCACUACAACAGGAGCAGGAGCUACCGGAUCCUCCUACUCCGACUUUGCCGUACUCUCCCACCAGAGCAGCUUUCUCACGAGGAGGGGCGCUGGGCGUGCCGCCCCCACCAAAGCCGCCUUCACAGCCGCCUACGAAAGGAUCGAGUACACAGUCAUCGGCGUUCACUUCCCCAGAAAGAGCAAGGACUUCAUCAGCGGACAGUCCGAGUGCUUUUUAUCCUGCGCGAGAAGUGGUUGUGGACGAAAGGGUCGAUAGAUAAAGGGUGAAGCGAUAGAUGGCAAUAACAGCAAAAAUCUCGCGUAAACAUAUCACACUACUUAGUAACUAGGUCGAGGGUAGGAGAAUCUAAUAGAUGUUGUACAUCAAAGUCAACUACUUAGAAAUUCGAUACUUUUAGUUCUUGAAUGUUGAUGUUGUCUCGACAUGGGUUAAGAAGGUAAGUGAACAACGAGCUGAAACAAGUGCGUGCGACGGUGAAACAGUAUACUUCAACUUAUUCGAUGUUGGAUGUCUCAUUAGCAGCGAGCACCACAGGACUUUUACGAAGUGAUAGUUUCACUUUCUCGUAAAGUAAGCUGCUUCGUUCGUGGGAAC